AUGACAAACACCCUUGAUCUCGGCGUAUUUCUUGAUGGCCCAUCUAAAAACCAUGACAGGGAAAAGCAGACAUUUGUCGAGGAACUUUGGCGCCAGCCGCUCGUGGAAACACACAUCGAAGCGCUUUCUGCCUAUUUCGAGUUGCUUAAGCGAGAAGUCUAUGCUUUAUUAGACACCAAAAGCUUCAACCUGUCCAGUCUAGAUUUUGAGCAUGUCCUGACGAUACGAGACGCUAUCUUGCGGCGUCACUCAGAUACUCAGGAAGUGCUACGUAAAGAAGUGGCAGAGCAACUGAAAACGCUGAACUUGCCAAAUGAAGCCAUUUCUCUUGCGAUCAUGUUUGUUAUCAGGCUGUUGCUCAUGAUCAAAGUCAAGCAAUACAAUGGGACCAUCAAUGCUCAGUCGCAUCUGUUACAAAUAUCUGAUAAUCAAAAUCUGAAGUCAGUUGUUGACACGAUACAGACGGCGCCAUUACUAGGAUACUGGAAUACAAUAAGUGGAUUUCCGCCAUGGUUCAAUGUUAUCGAUCUAGAGAAAAAGGCAGGGUUAAGAAUUGACUGGACCCAUUACAUUACGGAGCAUCUUACUAUUCAAGGAGACACCCUGUACCUUUUCUGCAAUAUCGAAGCUCUUAAACAUAUCAACGGGGCGCAAGAAUUGACGUCUAAAUUCUUCAAGGAAGAUUUCAUAAACGAAACAGUGAGAACGGUACACCUAUUCUUCCCCGAAACACCCCAUGGCUAUUCAUCCUCCCAGUAUCUAACAUGGUUCCACGAACACGGAGAAAUCAAAUCAUGGCAAAGGUCUUUGGCAAGUUUGAACACUCCAACAGUCUCACGCCUCUACAACGAAUACCCAGUAUGGAACCAGCGACUAGCAUGGGUGCUUGAAGCCUCCAAAAACCAGCCCAAUAUGGGUAUCAAAAGAAUCUGGCAGGACGAUCGUGACCUGAGUCUAUGGUGGACAAGGUGGGCGUUGAUUACUGCUGUGUUUUUAGCUGUUGUGUUUGGAUUGAUACAGUCGAUUACUGGCAUCAUCCAGGUCGUCUAUGCCGGGAGGGAAUAG